AUGGCAUCGGCAGAAAACGAUGAUAAUUUCAAAAAUCAAGUUGAUCAACAACAACAACAACAAACUAUUAAUACUCUUAUCAAUGACAUAAAACAAUUAAAAAUAAGAAAAACUCAUGUUUCAGAUGAAUUACAAUGUUCUAAAAUCGAACAAAAAAAACUUGAAGAAGAUAAAAAACAAAAUAUAAUUCGUUCAAGACAAUUACAACAUUUAAUAGAACAUUAUAAAAAUAAAUUAGCACGAUUACACAAUGAAUUGAAUCAACUUCAGAAGAAACAACAAAUGAUAAAAAAUAAAGUUGAUCAACAACAACCAAUACUUGAAGCAUAUCAAAAUAAUUUAGAACAACAAUUAGAAGAAUUAGAAAAAUAUAACGAAAAACUUGAAAUAUAUGAAGAUGAAAAAGAACAUUUGGAAAAACAAAAAAUAAAUAAAUUACAACAAUACAUUCAACAAUUAAAACAUGAAAUUAAUGGAACAUUACAAUGUAUACAAUUGAUCGAAAAUGAAAUGAAAUAUAUUGAACAUGAGUUAGAAAAUAUUUAUAAGAAUAUUCAACAAAAUGAUUAUGAUCUAGAAAAAUUUGAAGAAAACAUUUCGAAAAUUAAAUCAAAAAUAUUAAAUAUUGAACAUGAACAUGAUCCAGUUUAUCAAGAAUUAAUAGAAAUCUAUGAUUUAAUCGAUGAAAUAUCACAAAUAAUUGAAAUGAAACAAUAUCACAAAGAAGAUAAUAACAUAAUGUCAAAACAAAAUGAACAAAAGUCUCAUUUAUCAUAUGAAAAUAUCGAUGUUCAAUUACCUUCAGUUAUCAACAACUAUCUUAUUGAUAUUUCUAUACAACCAUAUAAACACUUUAAUUCAUCUUCUCAACAAAGUAGUACAAAUAAUAUACCAAUUCUUUUGAAAUCUAUAUCAUAUAAUACAUUCAAUAUACUUAUUGCAUGUCUUGGUAUUGAUUCUUCAUUAAUAACAUUAAAUUCAAAAUAUUCAAUCGAAUCAUUUGAUAAUGAAUGUAUUUGUAUUGCUCGUCUCUUAUCUAUAACUGAUAAACAUAUUUAUUUCAUUGUUUCAAAUUUAAUUGGUAGAUAUGUUAUUCCAUUAAUUUAUCAACAUCGAUGUAUUGAACAAAUAUAUAUCUAUUGUUCAAAUGAUAAUCAACAAAAUCUUCCAUGGAUUACUCAAUUUUCGAAAAUUCGAGAUUGUUGGACAGAUUUUAAUACUCUUUCAACUGCAGUAUAUGAUGAUAUUCAAUCGAAUCUUUUAGGAUUAUCAUUAUUAUCAAAUAUGGAAUUACUUGAAAAAUGUCAUUCUCAAAUUUUAAUUGAUUCAUCAAAUAAGUCAUCUAUUUCAUUAGACAUAUUCAACAUAGAAAAAUUUUUAAUCUCAAAUAAACAAAUUCAUAUUGUAGUUUUACAUUGUGACAAUAAUAUUUUAUUUAAUAUCAACAGUCAACAUUUUCAUCUUUCUCAAUUUUUCGAUGUGAACAAAUGUAUAGAAUAUCUUAAAACAAUUGAUAUUAAAUCUAUAUUUUUUAUUAUAUCUGGCGAGAACAAAAAUAUCAUACAUGAUUUGAAAGCAAUAAUGAUGAUAAAUCAAAUUUAUACAAUCUAUUUAUUUAUGGAAAUUAUUAAUGAACAAGAACUAGAUGAAACUAUUCAGAUUUAUAAAAAUAUUGGUAGAUUAUUUGAUAAUCUUGAAUUUUUACUCAAUUGUUUAAUUAUCGAUAUUAAAUAUUACUUGGAAUAUUCACAUUAUAUAUCUACAAUAUCUGUAUUUACUUUACAAGGUAAUAUAAAAGAUAAAAGAAAAUUAUGUCUUUCAGAUAAAGAAGAAAAAUUUGUUGCUUUUCAAUUAUUUAUAAAUACUUUACGUGAAUACCUUCUUCUAUUUGUCGUAAACAAAAACUAUAUGAUCGUUAAUUAUUAUCUAGCUGAAAAUAAUUCAGAUAAUGAACAAGCUUUGGAAAUAUUAAAGACUGAAACAAAUAAAAUUUUCGAUUCAUUUAUAAACAUGUCAUUCUUAUCUAUUAUUAUAAACAGUUUUUUACAAGAACAAAUUCCUCAAAAUCUUCUUGAUAUUCAACAAAUACUUAUGACUAUUGAUGAACAUUUUUCUAAUGUACUUCCAACAACUUCAUCAUCUGUUGUUUAUCGAGUUCAACUUUUACGUGAACAAGACUUAAAACCAAUACAAGAAAAUGUAAAUCAAUUGAUUACUUUUCAUACAUAUCUUCUAACUACACAAGACUUAUUAACUGCUCGAACGAUUGCACGACAAGCUGCUCAUCGUGGAUUAUUAGUUAUCAUAUUUCAGAUUGAUAUUCCUAAACGAGCAUAUGUAUUAGAAUUGAACAAUAACCGUUUAUUAUUUCGAUUUGGUAUUAUAUUUCGUAUUAAAUCCAUUGAUUUAGAACCUGAUGAUGUCUGGUAUGCUGAAUUAAAAUAUACUAAUUCUGAAUUUCAAUCAAUUCAAGAACAAUUACAGUUUCAAGUAGGUGAACAACUCACUUGGUUAACUCUUGGAAAUUAUUUGUCUAUUCUCAAUCAUUUCAAUGAAGCAAAAUCUUACUAUGAAUAUCUGAUAAAUAAAUUGCCAGAAAAUCAUCAAGCAUUACCAUCAAUUUAUAAUAAUAUGGGAUUAAUAUUUGCAACAUCAGGUGAUUAUAAACAAGCCAUUGAAUGUUAUAAUAAAUCUAUGAAUUUACUUGAUAAGAUUUCUCCAAAUACAGAUUAUACCUCGGAAUGUAUCUCUUUUAAGCCAAUACUUGUUGAUAAAAAUGCUCGAAUUGGAAACUGA